AUGGCGUGCGGCUCGAUGACUAGUAACGAAAACCACGACUGUAACAGCGUUAAAAAGCACGGGGAAACCAUGACAUUCGAAAUGCUCUGGCCGACGUACGCGAGUGCUCACAAUAAUUUGGGUACAUUAACAGCGGGUGAUCAAGCAGAGAAACACUUUUUGGCUGCGAUUCAGGCUCAACCGGGCCACGUGAAUGCUCACUACAAUCUUGGUCAAUUGUACAGAAAAACAAACAGGACAGACGAAUGCAUAAGGAUGCUGCAGAAAUGCGUUACUCUGGAUCCCGCCUACACACCGGCCUACCUCGUACUUGCAAGAAUGGCGAGUGGCGCGACAACGGGUUCACUCUUGAAACACGUCGUUCGCUUGCAACCAAAGAGUCCCGAUUACGUGGCAGAAUAUGCAACAUGGCUUUAUCAAAAUGGGAAAUGGCUUCCUGCAUUGAAGUACUACCUCAGGGGAAUGUCACUUUCGCCAGUGCACAGGUCGUCGCUUCUAGGUACGGCGAGAAUCUUAAGAUCUCGAGGACAAUGGCCGAGAGUUCACCAGUUAAUAACGAGGUGGCACAUUAUGCUGAGGGCUAGAAGAGGUGGUUUCAUAUACCGAGGCGACUUGUAUAUUCAAGCAUGGCAAUUACAACAUGAAUCGCGUCAAAGAACGUAUGAGCAUCGACGCAGCUUCUGUUUGUUGGAAAGCGGCUGCGAGUCUCGGCCGCGGGUUGCCAGCGUCUCGGUACAGCUCGAGCAGGACAGCAACAAAUCGGAGCAGCUGGAGCGCGCGGGCGCACGUUGCAGUUUGCGGACCUGCAGCAGACAGACGAGGAAGGGCGGGGGGAAGACUCGAGUCACGGCGCCGGCCCUCCUCGUUCAGAAUCUCCUUGAAACCCUCUAGGCUACGUUCCUGAUAACGAGUGUAGAUGAACGAGGAGUCGAC